AUGUCCGCAACUGCAAUUCAAGCUCCUACCCGCCAGGUAGUAUCAGAGAAGGAAUGGAUAACAUUGUUCCCGAAACAAGUCACCGAGAACUACACGAGUUCUGUGACUUUUAUAAAACAAUUGACCGUCGUGGCGUUGAGUACCAUAACGUAUUGUAAAAACGCGUUACCGGAAGAGAGCUACAAUAGCGAGAUGUUCGCGGGACUUAAAAUGAAGCUGUUGAAGGUGAAAUGUGCCGAUGAUAUGGCCCAGUUCGUGAGCUCUUCCAUGAAAAACGCGUUUGAAGCGUUCGAGAAAAAAUAUGUCCACCAGCUGGCCCUCUGUUUCUACAAUGGCAAUUGCGUUCCCGAGAAUCUCUUCGAAUACUACAUCUUCGAGUACACAUACAACUCUGAUGGCGUCUCGAUGAACAUCAACUCUAAGAAUAGGAACACAGAUAAGGCGAUGCGGUGUUCCAUGGAGUCGGUGCAGAAUCAGACCGUGAUGUUCAUGAGGACUCUGUCACUCUUCGUGUAUCAGAACUCUCAAGUACCAUUGCCGCUAGACUUUGAUAUAAGUCUAAGAUUAUACUACAAUGAAGAUGCCCCUCUCGAGUACCAGGCACCGGGUUUCGAGGCGAGCACCGGACCGGACCCGGUGUCGGACACGCUGCGCGCGGCCGUGCGCCUGGGCCGCGUGGGCACGCCGCACCACGCACUCGUAGCGCGCGCCUUCGUGCCCGGCCUCAUGCCUGACCCUGAGCCAUCGGAUACACCACCAGUAAAUACACAAGAUGAUGAAUUUAGGGACGGGUCGAUGACUUGUGAGGACUCGGAGUCACUGGAGGCAUCACUUGUCUGCCCCUGCGGCAAGAUAGAUACCCACGAACAGGCGCUCGUCACGUGCCGUUACUGCCACACCCAUCAGCACGCGGUGUGCUUCGGCCUCAUGGUCCCAGUAACGGAGCACUGUUGCGCGGCCUGCGCCGCCACAGACCACACCAGGAGGCCCACCUGCCCCAUGUUAACGGGCCUGACUCGGAACACACGCAAGCAGGAGUGUCUCUGCAUAUUCCGGCGCACCCUGACCAUGUGCUUGCGGCAGUCCUCGAUCACCGGCGAAGAGCUGAUGGCCAAGUUUAACCUCACCUCGACUAGCACAGCCAAGAUGAUUAGUCUGUUGAUCUCGCGCAACAUUCUCCACGACACAGACCCCAGAAAUCUGACGCUCGUCCGUAGUAUCAACCCGAUACGGCUCAAGCUGGCCUGCCAGGAGUUCUUCCAGGAGCCCGAUAGCCUCGCGGACCGCGUGAUCGCCGAGACUGAGGCCGCGGACCCCGUGGAGGAGGCCCUGGGGCCCAUAGAGGCCAUCACGCUCAAGGAAACUAACCCCGGCAUGGUUGUAGACAAGCCUGGCACUAUCAAUAAGAAUACACCUUUGAAAGAGUUUAGUGAAGUAGAACUCCCUAACCAGGACACAUCUGAGGAGCUACCGCUAAGUGGUUCUCAUAACCCGGUCAGAGACGUGCUAAGGAAGGAGAAAGAAGGAGGAAGAAAGAGAAAGAAGGCAGAUGAUGACGACUGGACGCCGAAGCUGCCGAAAUUGCGGUCCGGGGCUACUAAGAACAAGAGAGCAUAG